CUUGUAGUUUAAUAUAGCUACACAUCACAUGGGGCGCUAACAGCCUCAGCUCACAUAGAGAGCUCUUUAUCUCCCCAACAUUAUUGCUUGAGAGCACCAAAAUAGAAAAGGAAAUUGCUAAAAUAAAAAUCAGAGGAAACUGAUGCUGGGCCCAGCACGUAUUAAACAGGGGAAGAGCCUGGGCCUUUUUUUGCAAUUAAUAUAAUAAGAAAGAGGGGGGAAAGGGACUGGCAGAGUAGAUACUGAAGAGCUGGCACUGUGGAUGGGAGGCUGGCGACUGCUUACUGGGCAUGGUCACUCACACGGACAUCAGCUGCUUGGCGACCACUGGGCACCCAGGUGGACAACUGAACACGAUGCUGGAUGCCAUGGAAGUACCAAGUCAUUCCAGACAACUUCUCUUACAACUCAACUCUCAGCGGACUAAAGGUUUCCUAUGUGAUGUGAUCAUUGUGGUACAGAAUGCUCUCUUCAGGGCUCAUAAGAACAUUUUGGCUGCUAGUAGCGUUUAUUUAAAAUCACUAGUGGUUCAUGAUAAUUUAAUCAAUCUAGACCAUGAAAUGGUAAGUCCCAGCAUCUUCCGGAUAAUUCUGGAUUUCAUCUACACAGGACGCUUGGCUGAUUCUGAACCUAUCAGUGAGCAGCUUUUUGGGACAGUUUUGGCAGCCGCCAGCUAUCUUCAGAUAUCUGACCUAGUUUCUUUGUGCAAGAAAAAGUUGAAGAGGAAUGGGAAGUAUUGUCAUAUAAGAACAACAGGCUACUCUCCAUUUGGAAGCCUUGGGAGGGGGCUAAGGGCUACCACACCAGUGAUUCAGUCAUGCUUCACCUCAACACCAAGACCUGUAGAUCUGCCACCUGUAGAUCCAGUGAACUCUAUCAACACUCAGUGUGGAGAACUGUAUGCUUCAGUAUCUCAGGCUAACCAGCUGCACCAACAUGGACUUUGCCCACCGGAGCGGCACUGUUCUCCCCUUUGUGGUCUGGAUCUUUCCAAGAAAAGUCCCAACAGGCCACCCAAUCAACAUCAUUCUGAUGGACACACUGGAGAGGACAACAGGGAGCCCACAAUAACUGGGCGACAGGACAGCCCUCCAUUAAGUGUCAGUAUUCUUGCCAGUCAUGUCCCCUACAAAGAUCAAGCUCAUCCUUACCAAAAGCUUAAUAGUACUGACCCAUCAUCCGCCACACACCCAGAGCCUUUCAGAAAUGGUGUUCCUCCAGAUCACCCAAAUAGGACUGAAACACAAGAUCUGAUGUAUCGUUGGAUGAAACAUGAGCCUCUUGGAACUUAUAUAGAUGAAAGUGAUAGAGAGAAAGAGCUAGAUAGAGAUGAUAAGGGAGAGAGUUCCCCGUUAUCACAGCAGCCCAGGUAUCCUAGUAUUGAGAGCAAUGAGCCAGAUGAUGACAAAAGUACAAGUGAAGAGACUGGAAGUAGUGGAGAUCCUUCACCUUCUGCCAACAUGGAGAGAUAUCAUUGUAACCACUUAGGAUACGAGCCCGAAAGCUUCGGGGACAACUUGUAUGUCUGCAUCCCCUGUGGAAAAGGGUUUCCAAACUCAGACCAACUCAAUGCUCAUGUUGAAGCACACAACGAGGAAGAUUUGUACCAUAAAGACAGUCUUGAGCCACCUGUACCAUUCCUAGACAAGUCCAGCCAAGGCUUGGGUGACAUCCGACCCUACCGUUGCUCCUCCUGUGACAAAUCAUACAAGGAUCCAGCCACCCUUCGCCAGCAUGAGAAGACUCACUGGCUUACACGCCCUUAUCCCUGUAGCAUUUGUGGUAAGAAGUUUACACAAAGAGGCACAAUGACCCGUCACAUGAGGAGCCACCUUGGGCUAAAACCAUUUGCUUGUGAUGCCUGUGGGAUGCGCUUCACUAGACAAUAUCGCCUGACCGAGCACAUGAGAAUUCACUCUGGUGAGAAACCGUAUGAAUGUCAGGUGUGUGGCGGUAAGUUUGCCCAGCAGCGGAAUCUCAUCAGUCACAUGAAGAUGCACACAACAGGUCCAGAUGGGAAACCCAAACUGGACUUCUCAGAAAGUGUUUAUGCUAUGGCAAAGUUCACAGCUGAUCACCUGGGCUUGAAGCAAGAAAAAGCUGCAGAGAUUCUAUCCCAGACAUCACAUUUCCUCAAUGAUCCAAAAACCAUAGAGAGCUUGUACCCAUUGGCCAAAUUCACUGCAGAGCACUUAGGGCUAAGUCAAGAAAAGGCCGUAGAGGUCCUCAGCCAGAGCCAGCACCUAAACAGUGAUAGCAGAAUUAUCGAGAGGUUCUCUCCUCCUUAACAGGUCCCCAGACAGAUGUCAACUCAUCCUACAGCUCUGUGUGCUUUUUUUUCUGGGCGCACCAGAGAACACAAUGCAAACAAAUGUGCCAAAGAGAUAAAUUCAGACAAUAAAUAACAAACCCUCAAAAAUAUGAUGGAAGCUGCUGAACUUCAGUCAUGUACGAGCCAAAUAUUGCUUCAGUGGUUGCUCUAACCUGUGUAUAAUUGCUUCCAAAGGAGAAGAGCACUUUUUUGGGACUUGUGCACUAUCCCGCCAGGAUAUGUGCGUUUUGUAACAUAACCUCCAUCAUAUAUACUCGACCUUUUCUCUGCAUAAAAAACAGAGAAGAGUGUUGCUGUUUAAUGUGCCUGACAUGUGGAAGGAGGACAUUUUAUUUUGUAUGUUUUUGUGUGGGACAAUCAGAAGAGCAGAAAUCAGUAUCUGCAAUCCCACUUGUUCAAUAUUUUAUGUUUUCAUAAUCUAAGUCUUAAAUAAUGUCACUAUUAGUGAUAAUUAACUGCCCACCAUAUGCAUUACCUUGAAUGUUCUAAGAAGAAUAUAUUGGGGAUAAUAUGAACAGGGUGAAAAGCAUGUCAGUUUGAUUUGUUAAUUUAUGAAAAGGGUACAAAAGGAGGAAAAUGCAUUUUGCCAAAAUAUUUACCUCCAACACGUGUCAACGUCAAAAGUAUUUCAGUAAUUAAUAAGUUAGGUUUACAUUCAAUAAAAGCAAAUAUAAAAAAUACCUGAUAAGCAUGCAUAUGUCCAGUAAGUUUAUGUCAAAUAUCUAGGAGAUUUACUUACUACUUAUAUUAAAAAAAAAAAAAAGUGUAUAAGUGAUAAAAUCAGAAAUCAUGCAGGGGUGUAUAGCUAAAUUGUGAUUCUUGACUCAUCAAAAUCUACUUCCUUUUUUUGUCUUCACCUAAUGUGGUGUAGGUGUUUAGUGAAAGACAGGCUGUUAGAGAUUACUACAUCCAUCUGGUCUAAAUUGCACCCAGUCGCAUAAUGUUAAUCCCCUAGAGAAAGGUAUAACGCAUUGCUAUGGGCUGCAGUCCUGUCAGUUGAGGGGAUACGUAUUAGUAACUGCACUGGUUACAAAUCAAUAGAAUUAAUCUACAAUAAUUGCUACAAAUUGAUGUUCCUAUCACAAUGGAUUUGAGCCAAAAGGCAACACCAUAUGCCUCCAAACCCGUUUCAUAUUAUCUCCAAUUCACUGCCAUUAGCACUUAAGCAUGCAGGUUAGUAAGAUGCAAUCUCCAUAGCUUGUGCCCUAAGGAGAAGCGUCUGGACAUAUACAUGUAGCACUAUGGUCACUCAAGCACUUCAUUAGCAUUCCCACAUGACAUAAUGUGACAUAACCUGCACACUAGUCAUUGUGCGCACACUCAGGGCACACAAGGCAGCUGUGGAUGCUUAUUUUAAAUGGAUGGAUUACAGGGUGCUUUAAUUCCAGUGGAACCAGGAUGCACAGACAAACCCUGAUUUCCAAACCUCUUGCAUUCCUCUCACAUAACAAGUGUUGCUGCUGAGUGUGCUGUGGGUGUGUGCACAAUGCAGUAUGAUUUAGAGAUACUGAUUUCUGCUGUCUGCACUGUAUACUAACUGCUAUGUUGUUGGUUUUUUUUAAUGAACCAACAUUUUGUAUUAUUGUCUCCGAGCACUGAUCAGGGUACCCCUGGUAUAUUCAGAGUGUGACAACGGAGAUUGUGCCUUAACCAAUAUACCACUUAAUGCAUUUCUGGGUUGAGUGUCUGGAAGGAUGUUAACCCCUUAUCUGCUGCACUGAUCCCUACCCCAGCAAAAGGGUAACUAUUGCACUGCCAGAGCUAGAGUUAAAGGACAUUCUGUCAAAAUUUAAAUUCACAUAGAUUAGUUACAACUUUGAAUAGAAAGAUGUUUGCAAUAUACAUGUAUUGGCAAAAAUGCUUCUAGUAAAAGAUAUAACUGUUUUAUUGUGAACAUGUUUCCCUGCCCUGCACUUGAAGCAUACCUAGACAUUCUAAGUGCACCACCAUUUUAAAUACUGCAGCUGCUCAGAGCACCAGUGGGGUUUAUAUCAUGUCAGCAAUUAACAAAUUGAGCCAUUGACAGAUGAUACAAGCACCUUAGGCUCCACUGUGUUUAAAAUGCUGGUGCACAGUGCAUACCUAUAUACACUUUUGAAACGGCUAUAGCUUUUAUAAGAAGCAAUUUUGCCAAUAUAUGUGUAUUACAAAAAUGCUUCUAUUCAAAACUGAAAUGCAUCUAUGUAGAUUUCAUUUUUGUCUGGCAUGUCCCUUUAAUCCACUGAUUCUCACUGGCAGGUAAACUGGUUAAUUUCAGUACUGCAGUGCCUAUAAAUGAUGGCAAUAAGCUCAGGUUUUAAAUAGAAUAAACCUAGCAUUUUUGUUAUUGGAUCUGGCAAGUGUAACACUCUCAGUAGCAUUGUACAAUAAUACUAUAACAAAUACUGCUUUGUGCCAAAAGUAACUAGUGAAACCAAACCCUCCCCUUGACCUCUUACCCUGUGCAGAGACCAAAGUUUGCACCCCAGAAGGACUGACCCAGUCAGACCAUUUGGAGGUCAAUUUAUCAUGUGCAAUGCUGUAAUAAAUUAUCUUUAUUUUUUGUAGUGCACAUGGAUGCAUGGGCAAUGUAUUAGGAAGAGGCAGAGGAUAUGCCAACUGUGAAGAAGGUGCUACUGUGCCUGUAUAUUGUGUUAACCUGUCAUCUGCCUCUAGGAGUCUUUUGCCUUUUUCUUCAGUUGUGUGUCUUAGGAUGAGGGUACUUAGUCCAUGUCCAGUACCCCUUAUCAUUUGGAUGUAAAAUAGAUGAAUGAAUAGAAAUGUGCUGCCUUUCUCACAGUGAAGAGCUACCGAUUUAGUGUUUGUAACCAUUUCUUUUUUGUCUUUGCAUGGGGCCAUGUCAGAUCCAGCCUGCGCACCAUUAUGGUGGGAAGCCAAAAAAGCAGGGCAUGGGCUGAUCCUCAAUAACCACUAUUUAAACCACUUUUUCACUUUGUCUACAAACUGUACAUAAUUGUCAUGUAUAAAUUCACAUUUGCCAAUUCUUUAAUAAAUGAUAACAUUUUUUUUCUACAACAA